AUGCAGGGGGGAAAUGCGGAGAGGAAAAAUCGAGUGGACGCCUACAUACAAAGGAUAAAAUUUUCCGAAAUAACUGGACACGGCGAAACUGAUAAAAGAAUUGAGUAUCUGUGGAACUUAGCCAUGUCAACUGUGUAUAACAAUACCAAACUAUCCAUGAAAUAUAUCACUCUAAUUAAAAAAAUUACAAAAAACACUCUGCUGUUGGAUAAUGUCUGCUGCCACUACUGCAACUUAAUAUACAUCCCCUUUUACAACUGCGAAAUUAAGCAUAUUGAUCAAAAGAAUUCCAUCCGGUAUAUAUGCUUUCUUUGUAAGCGUAAAAGACAACACACUUUAAGGAACUAUAAAAAUAAAGUAAACAAUGCCCCGCUUAAGAAUUCCGAUGGACUGAAUGUCCGAAGUAAUCCGUCCAUUUGGGGCCUUUUUCUCAUCAACGAGAUAGAUAAUUAUGCAGUAAAAAAGGAAACACCCGGGGACCAAACGGGGGAUGUUAAAGCGAAGGAUAAUUUGCAAGGAAAUAUCCCUUUGGGUGGAGUCAACGCUGAAGAGGACUUCCCUGGGGAUAACCCCGAGGAGGACCCCCCCCAUUUGGAUAACAAUCCCACAGACGAGCCAAUAAACGAAGCGAUUGCUUUGGACAGAAUCAAAGAUCUCUUCACCAUUGACUACGGCACAAGUAGCUGCACGAUUAAGAGGGAGAUCCUCCCCCCGAUGAUCCAAAGUAAUAGUUGUGGAAAAAAUAACAACUUCAAAAAUCUUAACAGUUCAGGCCAACAUAGCAACGUUCAAAAAAAAAGAAAACAUGAUGGGAGUAUCAAAUGGGAGGAGGAAUCAGACACGGUAAAGGAGGCGACGAAAGUAGAUCCCCUGAGCAAUGUCCAAGAAAGGGAUGCGCCAAACAAGCCUCCCAUCCCGAACAGAGUAAACAGCGCAAAGAGGUCAAAUGUGACAAACCUAGGAAAAAACAUUCCCAGCCUUGGCAACACUGAUAACUACCUAAAUCUUAACAAAUCUAAGAAGAAGAGAAAGAACAUAUUGGAUAUCCUGUAA